AUGAAGGUUGAUUGCGUUCUCGCGGCCUCGCUGCUGCCGGCGGCGGCCGUGGCCACCGUCUUCGUCCCGCCCAAGGACGGAUACAAGGUCCGGUGGGAGUCGUCGGAGCUCGUCGACAAGAGCCGCGUCGAUCCCUGGAACUCGACGCACGCGAGGCGCAUGAUGAUUUCGCGGUUCACGCCCGUCCCCCGCUGCCGAAAGACGUGCCGCGUGCCCUACAUGCCCAAGGCCGUCGCGGCCAUCGAAGACGAAAUCAUCAACGCCUACCUCGGCGGCGCGGGCUGGCCCAAGGACAUACUCUCCACGCUCGAGCUCGAGCUGUGCUGCGACAAGUGCGACAGCGGUGCCAGCAGCCCGCAGAGCCGGCACAAGUUUCUCAAGAUUCUCGUCGGCUCGGGCAUCAACACCACGCGCUUGUUCUACUCGGCGACGGCGCAGCAACUCGCCAGCAGGGGCUACGAAAUCAUCGUCAUGGACCACCCGUACGAGACGGACGUCGUGCAGUUCCCCGACGGCGAGAUCGUCUUUGGCGGGCGCGUGGGCCUCGACCUCAACGACACGGCCAACCUCGUCAAGGGACUCGACGUGCGGACGCAGGACAUGUCCUUUGUCAUGGACAAGCUCAACAUCCGCAAGACGACGUACAUCGGCCACUCGUUCGGAGGCGCGACCGCUGCGCACGCCCUCGUCAAGGAGCCGCGCCUGGUCAGCGCCGUCAACAUCGACGGCGAGCUCUGGGGCCCUGUCACCACGACGGGCGUCUCGCGGUCGUUCCUCACCGUCGGCGCCGAGGGCCACAACGCCACCUGGACGCCGGGCUGGACCAACUUCUUCAAGACCAUGGACGCCAAGUACCCGCGCGUCUUCUCCAAGCUGCUCAACGUAAACGACACGGUGCACAACAGCUUCUGGGACAUGUCGCUCGUGGGCGACAUUGCGAAGCUGCGGGACAACGAGGCGCUGCUGCCGUUUCUCGGCAAGGCGACGGGCACAAGGGUCAUGGAGGUUCUGAAGGGGUACUUGCUGGACUUUGUUGAGUUUACGCUGCUGGGCAAGGACGAGGGUCUGCUCAAGGGGCCGAGCCCGAGGUUCCCAGACGUGACGUUUGAAAGGAACUAG